CUUGUAGCUAUCUAUGUUAUGGAAAUUCUGAUAACAGAUUCAGAUAUUUUCGCCGAAGAAAAGUGCCCCUAGAAGAUGCUAACGGAAACCGUCCAUUUCCGACCGUUUAAAUUAAGGAAAAUGAAUUUGACAUUUUCAGCUCGAUUUUCAGUUUUUCGGUGAAAUCUGUAAUUUUCAGACUUCAAAAAUUUCAAAUGCGUUUUUUAGUCACACACAAGGUCAACUUUGCCCCCAUUUAACCUACGCUGUAUCUCUAACCGUUUACGGCAAUGAAAUUCUUUAUUCAUUGGUUUACGGAGAUCUCAAUGGGCAGCUAAAACACAGUCUCUUUUUAACUUCAUUUCUAUUUUUUUAUUGAUAUGCUAAAAAUUAUAGAAACGUUUUAAUAACCGGACGUGGCCGCUUAAACAAGCACAAGAAAUACGUUGCCCUUUACUAAAAAGAGAAAGAACUUUCUGAACAGAUCUGGUAUCUAUGUGGGAUACUUACAAUUUCUAAAUUUCUAACCUAACAAAAUCCUAAUCAGUUUUUGGUGAAAGCAGAAGGACAAAAUGGUUCAUAAAGCUUAUCUAACACGAAGAGAAGUAUUUUCAGCUUCUCAUCGUCUGCACAGCCCUAAGUUAUCCGACGAGGAAAAUCUCGCAAUUUAUGGCAAAUGUAAUCACCCAAAUGGCCAUGGUCACAACUAUGUCGUUGAAGUAACUCUAUAUGGAGAAGUAAACGAACAAACUGGAAUGGUAAUGAACAUCACACUUUUAAAGGAGUUUAUGAAAUCGGCAAUUAUGGAUACAAUGGAUCAUAAAAAUUUGGAUGUCGACGUUGCGUACUUUCACAUUCAUCCUAGUACGGCAGAACAUGUUGCAAUUUACAUAUGGCAGAAUAUGAGGAAGCAUAUGGAGGAACCGAAUCUGUUACACGAAGUCAAAGUAUUUGAAACUGAAAACAACAUAGUGAGAUACAGGGGAGACUAAAUACUGAGAUGCAGUUCAUUCGAGAGUUCAUUUUAAACAUUUCCAUUACAUUGUUAGGGUAAUAGAACUUUUUAAGUAAUUUGAAGAAAAAAUAGUUUUAUACCAA